AUGGCGGGUGUCUUUAUUUUCACCAGCUACAUCGGCUCAGGGAAUUUGACACUUUUGAUGCUGGAGAAAGGAAUUUCGGCAGACCUAACUAGAACAGAGGCGGAAAUGUGCGUCCCUAAGACGCCUCUUAUCGUCGUCAUAGACUGGUCUGGGUACAACAUCGAAGGACCUAAGGCGUAUUUAGCCGAGGGUUGUUUGGUUACUCGUGACCGCUCACUCCUUAACCACAGUCAAGCGGUCCUUAUUACGCACGGCAGACAGCGCAAAAAGGAUUUCCCCAAAUUUCGCCGCCCUAAUCAACGCUGGAUUUGGUACAUGGAUGAGAGUCCAUAUAACGGUUUCUACGGGCAUGAAUAUGGUUACAAAGCCAUCAGGGAUAUGUUCAACUGGACAAUGACAUAUCGCACUGUAUCGGAGGUUCACAUACCGUACGGGUGGACAACGCCUCGCGAGACACGAGUACCGAUUCCUAGCUCCAUCGGUAACCGCUCUGGUGUAGCUGUGACAGUUAUGUCGAACUGUAAGUCUUUAGUUCACAACGACCGCUUGAACUACGUGCUCGAACUGCAAAAGUAUUGCGGCGUGGAAAUCUACGGUAGGUGUGGAAAUAAGAUAUGCGGCAGAUAUGAGAAAGGUUUGCCAAUGACAAACUGUCAAGAAGUCGAAAAAUUCUUGUUUUAUUUGGCCUUUGAGAACAGCGACUGUAAAGAGUAUAUAACCGAGAAAUUGUUCAGUCAUGGAUUCAGUAUGGGCGCAGUUCCGGUGGUUAUGGGCGCCCCCAAAGCGGACUAUAUCGCGAUUACUCCCCCAAAUAGUUUUAUACACGUGGAGGAUUUUACCGGCCCUAAACAGCUGGGGGAAUACCUGACUUUCUUGUCGAAGAACAAAACAGAAUAUAUGAAAUAUCACCAAUGGAGAAGGGAUUAUAUAACAUCGUAUCGCAUACAAUACGUGGAUGAUGAGCCCGUGUGGCAGGCUUUGUGUAGAGCGCUGAAGCUUGACACAGGGGAACCGAAGAGAUAUACAGAUCUGGCACAAUUCUGGACAACAGAAAACUGUUCUUAG